UCUGAGUGUGUGCGAGUGCGUGAGUGUGUGUCGGUCGCACGGCGUGUAUCUCCGGCGGCGGGUUCCGCCUCCUCCCCUGCCGCCGCUGCUCACGGUGUAAGUCAAUGUGAAGCAGCAGCUCCAGCCCCGGGAUAAACAUGGCGACGUCUCUGCAUGAGGGACCCACGAACCAGCUGGAUCUGCUCAUCCGGGCUGUGGAAGCAUCAGUUCAUAGCAGUAAUGCACACUGUACAGAUAAGACAAUUGAAGCUGCUGAAGCCCUGCUUCAUAUGGAAUCUCCUACCUGCUUAAGGGAUUCAAGAAGUCCUGAAUUUAUCCAUGCUGCUAUGAGGCCAGAUGUCAUUACAGAAACUGUAGUGGAGGUGUCAACUGAAGAAUCGGAACCAAUGGAUACCUCUCCUAUUCCGACAUCACCAGAUAGCCAUGAACCAAUGAAAAAGAAAAAAGUUGGCCGUAAACCAAAGACCCAGCAAUCACCAAUCUCCAAUGGGUCUCCUGAGUUAGGUAUAAAGAAGAAACCCAGAGAAGGAAAAGGAAACACAACCUAUUUGUGGGAGUUUCUUUUAGAUCUACUUCAAGAUAAAAAUACUUGUCCUCGGUAUAUUAAGUGGACUCAGAGAGAAAAGGGCAUAUUCAAGCUUGUGGAUUCAAAGGCUGUCUCUAAACUUUGGGGAAAGCAUAAGAACAAGCCAGAUAUGAACUAUGAAACUAUGGGACGAGCUCUGAGGUACUAUUACCAAAGGGGUAUUCUUGCAAAGGUUGAAGGACAGAGGCUUGUAUAUCAGUUCAAGGAUAUGCCCAAAAACAUAGUGGUCAUAGAUGACGACAAAAGUGAAACUUGUAAUGAAGAUUUAGCAGCAGCUACUGAUGAAAAAUCCUUAGAACGAGUGUCACUGUCUGCAGAGAGUCUCCUGAAAGCAGCAACCUCUGUUCGUGGUGGAAAAAACUCAUCUCUGAACUGCUCCAGGGCAGAGAAGGGUGUAGCUAGAGUUGUAAACAUCACUUCCCCUGGUCAUGAUCCUCCAUCCAGGUCUCCUACUACUACUGCGUCUGUGUCAGCAACAGCAGCUCCAAGGACAGUUCGUGUGGCAAUGCAAGUACCUGUUGUAAUGACAUCAUUGGGUCAGAAAAUCUCGACUGUGGCAGUUCAGUCAGUUAAUGCAGGUGCACCGUUAAUAACCAGCACUAGUCCAACAACAGCAACCUCUCCCAAGGUGGUUAUUCAGACGAUCCCUACUGUGAUGCCAGCCUCUUCUGAAAACGGAGACAAAAUCACCAUGCAGCCUGCCAAAAUUAUCACCAUCCCAGCUACACAACUUGCACAGUGUCAGCUGCAGACAAAGUCAAAUCUGACUGGGUCCGGAAGCAUUAACAUUGUUGGAACCCCACUGGCUGUGAGAGCACUUACCCCUGUUUCAAUAGCCCACGGUACACCUGUAAUGAGACUAUCAGUGCCUACUCAACAGGCGUCUGGCCAGACUCCUCCGCGAGUUAUCAGUGCGGUCCUGAAGGGGCCAGAGGUCAAAUCAGAAGCAGUGGCAAAAAAGCAGGAACAUGACGUGAAAACUUUGCAGCUGGUACAAGAAGAAAAACCAGCAGAUGGAAGUAAGACAGUGACCCACGUAGUGGUUGUCAGUGCGCCUUCAGCUAUUGCCCUUCCUGUAACUAUGAAAACGGAAGGACUAGUGACAUGUGAGAAAUAAAACAGCAGCUCUACCGUGGACUUUAGACUGUUAGUGAUAGUACUAACAUAAAUAUUUGCAAGGGAGGUCAUCAAGCAAAGUCAAAAGAAGACUUUAAAACAUUUUUAAUGCAUCUAAGAAAACAAUCAGACUUACUGGAAAUAAAUUACCUAUCCCAUGUUUCAGUGGGAAAUGAACUACAUACGGAGAUGCUGACAGAAAACUGCCUCUUACAGUAGGAAACAACUGAACCCGUCAAUAAGGAAAAGGAUUGAAAGGGACCAAG